CCUUGGUUGAGACGCACCUUGAUAUGUUGAUAAAUUAAGAACAUCAUUUGAAUUCUUGGAGCAUUCAAUUUUUUCCCCAAAAAAAGUUUACAAAGCUGUAAAUUGAUUGCAAAGUGUAAGUGAGAGCUGAUAUCCCCCAAACAAAUAGGAAAUGUGCUCACGCAGACGUAAUGCGAUAGAAAGCAACGAGUAUGAAACCAAAAACUACAACAAAGUAAAAGUAGCUAAGAUAAAGCAAAUCUAAUAGAAACAUCUAAAAAUAUGCUGUAUAGAGAGUAAGCAGACAACCACCACAAAUCUUGGCUAACCAAACACCGUCCGGAGUUUACUUUUUAUCUGAAUAAAUAUAUGUAUGUUUAAGGACACAUUUGAAAUUACUUCCUCGAUUCAACAAAUUUUAGUAAUGUUUUGACUAAGCCAAACUUGAAAACAAACAGUAAAGCUGUGGUGAGUUCAUAAAUAUUGAAGCUUGGCAAAAUCAAAAGAGAAGAGCUCGGAUUCAUCAACACAUAAAAAAUUAGAUUACGGCUAUUGUGUGGCGCAUAGAGACCACGCUGAGUUUAACAAAAAUCAUAAUCAAAUACAUUCGAGUUUUUAAGUGCUGAUUUACAAAACCCAUAAAGUAACCCCAAACAAUUUUCACCGAAACACAGAGUACCUGCACCUUUAUUACGGGUCGAAUCCUCUCUCACGGGCGCAUUGAAACCGACCAUGGAAAUUGAUGUUAAUCUGCGGAAAACAAGUGCCAUCGAACUGAUGACCAUUUCAGCAGGCUCCUAUAGUAUCAACAACAAACUUAACAACAACAACAGCACAUCAUCAUUUGCCGUGCGUCCGGUAGUUUCUGGCUCCCCUCCCUCUCGUCGGAUUGGUUGCUGUGGUAUUCUCGGCCGGCUGAUCUUCGCUGGUGGCGCCAGCACAGCUAAAACGGGCAGUGCUGACUAUCAUAAUUUCAAUAGCCUUCCCAUCGUCGGAAAUCAACAAACUUUACACACGACUGCUCCGGCCCCACUUUGCGACGCAACUGUUGUUUCGUCGGUAUGCAAAGCAGGUAACACGUGCCGUCCGCAGUCACGUCGUACGCCCCAGGAAGUCUAUUUCGAGAGUCGGGGAAAGUCCUGCAAGAAACUUCUCAAAUUCAAUGGCUACUCAAAUAAGUGGUACAGGGCCCAGGCGGCUGUUCGGAUGACCAUAAUGAUCUUUUGAAUACGACUCUGAGGUGCAUUUCACAUUUAGGAUCCGGCGUUCACAAAAUAUCUACAGAGAUGAUAAGAAAAUGAGUCAAACCCUAAUAUAUUUUGUCGAAAGUUACCCGGAUAAA